AUGUCUAGAUCUGAUAACGGCCCUCUUUGGCAGGAAGAUACAGAGGUCUCAUCAUGCUUUUUAUGCGAUUUGAAUUAUACAAUUUUCCAUAGAAGGCAUCAUUGCCGCAAAUGUGGAAGGGUCGUCUGUGGGAAUUGUUCGGAACAAGCGAUCAAGUACUUUCCAAAUACAUUGAUCGCUAACCCUCAACAGGAGCCGGAAUGCCUGGUUCCUCUUGAAACAUACAGAACAUGCGAUGAGUGUGUUGCGGAAGUGAAAAUGAUUAGGAGGGCCCUAUAUGAAGCCCGUUCUAAUAUUGUUGAUCCGGAUACAAGAACAAACAAUGAAGCAGAAAAUGUACCUAAUAAUGAAGGGGAUGGGGGAAAUGAAGACCCUCUGAUAGAUAAUAACAGUACUACAAAGUAUAGUACAAGAACUAGUACUCGAUUAGUACGGUCAUCAACGCAUUCGUCGUGCGCCAAUUUGCCUCAUAGUGGAUGCAAUUACCGCAGGAGAUUACAAGAGGAUGGGGCAAGUGAUGACAAUUUAUGCCCUGUAUGUGCAAGUAACUUGUUGAAGGACUAUAUGACACACUUUCAGAAAGGGAAGGGGGAUAUUGAUUGUGAUGAGUUUGAAUCGUACAAAGAAUCUCAUAUUAAUGACUGUUUAAUUGCAUUUGAUUUCAAUGGUGACAGACCAAACUCCCCGGUUAAAAGUAAGAAGAGAUCCCAUAAACGUAACAAAAUGCUUGUUUAUAACAUGCCGCCAAUCCCUAGACCGAAGUAUGAAACAAUACCAAAUGCUGAAGGUAACUCAUAUGAUACACUCCGUCUUCACCUGAAUUCGAUUCAUUCUCCAAUAGAUUCGCAAAUUGAGGAUGAAGGUGACUUUCAAGCUCAGAAUCGCAAUGAGGUUGUUGGCUCCGUGACAUCAAACUUGACUAUUCAACCGGGCUCAGAAAAGCAGUUACUUGAUGACUCAGUGGAUAACGAGUGUGUUAUUUGUUUGGAAGAAUUAAAACCUGGUGAUAAGGUUGGUAGAUUGGAAUGUUUGUGUGUCUUUCAUUAUAAAUGCAUUAAAGAUUGGUUUAAUAAGAAAGGCUACGGUGAAUGUCCUGUUCAUUUCUUACAUCAAUGA